UUGUCUCAUUUUAUUGUUCCAGGAAUACCAAUCAUAUUUGAAAUAAUUGCGGUACCUUUUAAUUUUAGCUUGGGGUUCAUCCCACUGCGUUUGAAAGUUUUCUGCACUUAAAUUCUUCUAGUUGAUUUUAGAUCCUAAUUGAUGGAAGACUAAGUGUCUGGUAUUAAAAUGUCGAAAGACCUAUGUAAUUCGUAUUUAAUUGCUGAUGAUGUAACUAGGAGACCGAAAUUCAAGGCAAUUACUAUUGUAUACAUAUUUCUAGCUAUUUCUUUAGCGGUGCUAAUUGGCGCUUUUAUAUACUGGUACAGUAGUGGCGGCAGAAUAGAAAUAAUUUUCAAACGUGAUAAUGAUCUCCUUUCAAAAGUCGAAAAACAACCUGUCUGUGCUGGUAUACCAGAUAUAAAAAAAUUUGAUUGUCUUCCUGAUGAACCAUCUAUUGAAAGCCGAUGCUUAAGUCGCGGUUGUUGCUAUGCAAAACCUAGUGAUUUGCAAUCUGAUUUACCACCACUUGAUGUCCCGUAUUGUUUCUAUCCUAUAAAUUAUACUGGUUAUUUUAUUACUAAUGUUACACAAGACAGUAUUCGAAUUCGAGCCAAGCUGAAAAGAAAUACACCAUCAGGUUUUCCUAAGGAUAUACAGAAUUUAAACCUAGUUGCUUAUCAAAUUGACGAUUUCACUUUAAGAGUUAAGAUAACUGAUGCUGAUUCGCCUCGUUUUGAAGUGCCAAUCCCUCUGUAUUUCCAAACAAAAGCUACAAAAGAGCCAUGUUUUGUCUUAAACCUGGAUUCUAGCACAGAAAGCGUGACAAGAAAAUCAACAGGAACAAAAGUUUUCCAAACAGACCUUUCUCGCUUGGUAUAUUCAGAUCAGUUGCUUCAGUUAUCUUCAGAUCUCCCUUCUAAAAAAUUUUAUGGUAUUGGAGAACAUUAUGCACCUCUUUUAAGAAGCUUGAAUUGGACUAGGUUCACUUUAAUGAAUUCUGAUUUGGAACCAAUUCCAAACCACAGUUUGUAUGGAAGUCAUCCAUUUUAUAUGGUGCUUGAAAAUGAUGGAAAUGCUCAUGGCGUCUUUUUACUCAACAGCAAUCCUAUGGAUGUCAUUCUCCAACCUGCACCCGCAGUUACAUUUCGCCCUAUUGGAGGAAUACUUGAUUUUUUCAUUAUGCUGGGACCAUCUCCAGAAAAUGUUGUUCAACAAUACACAGGCAUAAUUGGCAGGACCUUUAUGCCACCAUACUGGAGUUUAGGAUUUCAUCUUUGUCGAUAUGGAUACAAUUCACUGAAUAAAACACGAGAAACGAUGGAACGUACAAUUGCAGCCGGUAUUCCACUGGAUGUACAAUGGAAUGACAUUGAUUACAUGGAUGCAUAUAAAGACUUUACAUAUGACAAGGAUAAAUUUUCUGGUUUACCUGAAUUCGUGGAUGAUCUUCACUCAAAAGGAAUGCAUUAUGUUGUUAUGACUGAUCCAGGGAUAAGCAAUUCUGAACAUCCUGGUACAUAUCGGCCAUAUGAUGAAGGGAUUGAUGAUGAUAUUUUUGUGAAGAAUGCAAAUGGCAGCAUACUCGUUGGAAAAGUAUGGACCAAUGGCAAUACUGUUUUUCCUGAUUUCAGUCAUCCUGCGAUUAGUGAUUACUGGACUCGACAGUUCAACAGAUUUUACCAGGAGGUUAAAUUUGAUGGUGUUUGGAUAGAUAUGAAUGAGCCUUCAAAUUUUGUUGAUGGUUCUGUUGAUGGAUGUCCAAAGUCUUCCCUUGAAGAUCCGCCCUAUCCACCUGGAGGAAUAUCAUUAAGAACUAAGACUGCCUGUAUGACUGCAAAACAUUACUAUACAGUACAUUACAAUGAACAUAAUUUGUAUGGUUAUCGAGAAGCUGUUGCUACUAAUCAAGCUCUCAAAAGAAUUAGGAAAAGAAGGCCAUUUAUUAUUUCCAGAGCUUCAUUUUCCGGACAAGGUGUCAAAAGUGGACACUGGAGUGGUGAUAUUGCAUCUACAUGGGAAGAUAUGCGUUAUACAAUUCCAUCUCUUCUGAAUUUCAAUAUGUAUGGAAUGUCAAUGGUGGGAUCUGAUAUCUGUGGAUUUAAUCGCAAUACAACUGUUGAACUUUGUGCUAGAUGGCAAGAGCUUGGAGCUUUUUACCCAUUUUCAAGGAAUCACAAUGAACGAGUUACAAUAGAACAAGAUCCGGUUGCUUUGGGCCAAGUUGUGGUGGAUUCUACCAUCAAUUCACUUUCCAUUCGUUAUGCUCUGCUGCCUUAUUUAUAUACUCUAUUUUAUUGCAGCCAUGUUUUUGGAGAUACUGUUGCAAGACCUUUGUUUUUCGAGUACCCUAAAGAUCCAAACACACAUGCUCUUGAUGAACAAUUCUUGUGGGGCUCUAACUUUAUGAUUAUUCCUGCUCUUUAUCCAAAUGUAACUCGUGUGUCUGCAUAUCUUCCUGCUGGCUUAUGGUAUGGUGUUACAGGACAACGAAUGCUUAGUCAAGGACAGCAGUUCUCUUUUGAUGCCCCUACUACCGCUGUCAAUGUUGCUAUAAAAGGAGGUUCUGUUCUUCCUAUGCAUGAGCCCGCUGUCACCACUACAGACAGCCGAAAAACCCCUUUUGUUAUAACUGUUGCAUUAGAUGAAAAUGAUGAAGCUUCUGGUGAACUUUACUGGGAUGAUGGAGAUUCAUUAGAUACUUAUGAAAAUGGAAACUAUAACCUCAUUAGUUUCUCUGUCAAAAACGGUACCUUUAAUACUGCAGUUCUACAUAACGGAUAUGCAACAACUAUGAAAUCAAGGACCAUUCAAGUGGCUGGAUUAAGCAAAAAACCAAAUGCGGUAUCAGUGAAUGAUGUAAAAUGUGGCCAAACUAGUCAUCCUAUGGAAAAUGAAAAUUCAACUGAUGUGAGUGUAAGCUUUUUUGGCUCUGAAAACAUUCUGAACAGUGCUAGCAAUGAAACAUGUGUCUUUGCUUAUCCAAAUAAUAUGCUGUUGAUUGGUUUUGAUAACUUGAAUGCAUCCUUGCUAUCAACUUUUACUGCUACAUGGAGCUUUUAACAAAAUAGUUUUCACAGAUGAAUAAUGUUACUAUUUAUGUUUUUAAAUAAAUCUUGAACUAUUUUUUUCACUUGAAAUGCUGCCUGGAUAAAUUUUAACGUGCAUUGUUGUAAUGUUGUAAUCAUGUUAUAUUAUAAAUCAAAUGAUCUCUAAGUUUGUUCUAGUCACUUGUUACUGCUGUUUGAGCAAAUACUUAAGCUGUUAAAAGUCUGCCAAAUCUGAAUUAUUGCUCGUUGCUUAUGUAUAUGUAUGUAUCUUUUAAAAAGCAGUGUGCCUUUAAAAAGCUGUGUGCCUUAAAUUAUAAGUGUUUGUUUGUAUGAUUGUUUUUAUUAAAAGCGUUUUGCCUUUAAAGAUCUUAUUUUGGCAUAAAAAUUAUACUUAAAUCAUGUUUGUCAAUAGUCUUGAAAGCUAACUAGUUUGAAAGAAUUCUACCUUUUAUUUAGCAUAAUUGCUCAAAAGUAACAUGUGCUUUCAUUAACUCUUAUAGGAGAUUUACAACUACAACUGACACUUUUUUUUUUAAAUUUAUUUUAUAAAAAAUGUUAAAAUGUGUGCUUUCCUAAGAACACAGUAAAUACGUUGUAUUUUUAUUUUUGUAUGUGUAGCUCAAGAAACUUUUACUACAUAUUUUCACUAUUUUUCAAAUAAAAUAUUCAAACAUCCUCAAAUUUAGUAAUUCAGAUUAGACUCUGAAGUUGCUAUUUUUUGUCUAUUUUAUAAACUGAAUAAACAUAGCGCUUUAAUGAAUAAUUAAUCAUUAAUCGAUUCUUUGCUUACUCGAAAAAAAUUUUUUUGCCACAAUCAUUUAAAAAUAAAUUAUUUAAAAUUUCAAUGGACUUUUUUUUUUUUUUGCUGACAUUUGACAUUUUAGUCUAUUGAUAUGUAUGAAAUGACAAAGUAAUUUCCAGAUUACUAUAUAUACAUUUCUUUGUGAAAUAUUCUUGUUUAUGAGUAUUGUAAUAC